CAUGUUGUUGGGUUACUUGAACUUAAGAUGUGGACGUGGAUUGAUUAGGAUCUGCCAAUAUCUGUUUCUUGUGACGCACGUAUCAUCACGUUCUCCCUAAAACGAAGAGGGAGGAAAAUGGGCAUCAUGUCAAUUUUCAGUGCUAACUGGCAGGAGUUCAAUCUGACACGCAAUUAGGCUGUAUCUUGGGUGUGCCCGCUCAACUUCAAACGCUUAAAAAGAGGACCAACGUUUAGGUGGGCAAGUCAUUUGACCCAAGCACGACAUCGAUUCAAAAUGAGUCUCUCUGCUAAUGACAAAGCGAUUGUGAAGGCCCUCUGGGCAAAGAUCUCCCCAAAGGCUGGGGAUGUCGGCAAUGAGGCGUUGUCCAGAAUGCUCUAUGUCUACCCUCAGACCAAAACCUACUUCUCUCACUGGAGCGACCUGACCCCCGGAUCCGCUCCUGUGAGGAAGCACGGGAAGAAGAUCAUCGCUGGAAUCGGUUUGGCUGUUGAGAAAAUCGACGACCUGUUUUCCGGCCUGCUCACUCUUAGCGAGCUGCAUGCCUUUCAGUUGAGAGUCGACCCUGCUAACUUCAGGAUCCUGUCCCACAACAUUCUUGUGGUGUUGGCCAUGCUCUUCCCUGAUGACUUCACACCUGAAGCCCACCUUGCCAUGGACAAGUUUCUUGCAAGAGUGGCCCUGGCUUUGUCUGACAAAUAUCGCUAACCUGUUUGAUAUUUGUUAUGCAGUUUGAAUGUUGCUUUGUCGAUUUGGUCAGCAACAUGUCAAUAAAUAAUUAAUCUGGA